AUUAUUAUGGGUGGUAAGAUGGAACUUCUAGGUUUAUCAGUUAGAAUUUGUUUCUCUCCUGCUGCAGACCUUUCCUUGAUAUUCGCUGAUCCUAGGAUGCAGGAUGUUGAAACUAUGAUAUCUGAGAAAUAUAUUCUCGAGAUUAUCCAGCAUAUCAUCAAAGAACGGAAAGCUGGAUACACAAAGGAUGAGAUGCUUGAAAUCAAAGAUGAAUCAACAGCUGGAAAUCAUGAAAACCAUAUUGAUAAUCUAGCUGAUCAUGAUGUUGAUGAUCUUGCUGAUCAUAAUGAAGAUGAUAAAUUCGCGGACCUUGAUCUGGAUUUUGAAUUAGAACCAGAGGAAGAAGAGGAGGAGAAGGAAAAAUUUUUGAAAAAUGGGAAAAAUGUGAAAAAGAGGAUUAAGACCGUAAAAUUGCCAAUUAAAAAGAUUGGACGUUCUGAAUUUUCUUGUAUGCUCUGCAAUAAAGUUGUGUCAAACAGAAGUAAUGCGAGAAAACACAUUAAAACCCAUGGAAUUGGACUAGAACCAGUUGGAGACCGGACUUGUCCACAUUGUAAAAAGGUGUUUGAUUAUGCAACAUUAUGCAGAAAACAUAUCAAACGAACCUGCAAGAUGAUGACCAAGGGACAAUGUGAAGAGUGUGAACUAACUUUUGAAAAUGGUUUCGAACUAAAAGAACACAUAAAGGUGGAGCAUCAUAUGGAUAAGUACAAGUGUGGAUACUGCUCUCAUAUCUCCUCGAAUACACACAAUAGGAUUGCACAUGAGAAGAGAAUACAUCUCAAUAUGGAAUGCAAACUUUGCAAGAAAACCUUCAAAGAUUCAGAAGAAAGACUGCAGCAUACCUGUGAUACUCCUGAACGAUAUAAAUGUGAUCAGUGCGAGAAAAGCUAUAAGGCUAAGGGUGAACUGAAGAAUCAUAUGAUGGUAGUGCAUCAGGGUCUACGCUACGCCUGCUCAUAUUGCGAGGAUGUUAUGUCUUCAGUCCAAGCCUUGAAACGACAUGAGAAAAGCUUCCACCAGAAUACUCCUAGGGAACAUAUCUGUGAUGUUUGUAGUCAAGCCUUUACGCAUAAAGAUACGUUAAAAAAACACAUACUGACUCAUGAUAAUAUUAUGCGUUCAGAUCCGUGUCCUUAUUGUGGAAAAGUGUUACGAAAUAAAGAUGUUCUGAGACAACACAUAAAGACAUUACAUGAGAAGAACUUUAGUGUAGUUUGUGAAGAUUGUGGACAGAAGUUUGCAAACAAGCAUCGUCUUGAAAUACACAAUGAAAUGGUUCAUUUAAAAGGAAAAGAAUACGUAUGUCAGACUUGUGGUAAAGAAUUCCUUGGAAAACGAAGACUCCACAAUCACAUGAUCUCAAAACAUCCCAAGGGACAAAAAUUUGUUUCCUGUGAAUAUUGUGGCCAGGAGAUAGGAGAGAAGCAGUUAAGAUCUCAUAUAGUUGAAGCGCAUAAAUCUCAUUCCUACAAGUUUCAAUGUGAGCACUGCCUCAAGCGAUUUCCAGUUAAAGGGCAUAUAAAGAGACAUAUCAGAGUUCACACUGGAGCUCGACCCUAUCUUUGCCGGGGCUGCGGGCAGUACUUCGUGGACUUAGAGGCUGUAAAAGAUCAUAUUAGGAAAGUGCACAACAGUGAUGUAUCCUUAGCUCACUACGACAUAUCCAGAGAUAUUAACAAUCCAUACGCAUAGAAUCCAAUUUUGGAUAUCUAUGUAUAAAUUUGGCUUGUCUGUCUGUCUGUCUGUUUGUAUCCAAUAAAC